AUUGACAGUACAUUGAAAUGGUAAAAAAAAAUUUUAUCGAAGGAGAACUUACAUUAUAGAAUAAAACUUGUUACAACACUUAAUUGUUACAAGGGUCUAUAUAUUUAUAUUUUACUAUACUUUAUGCUCAUUUGACCCAUAGAAUGUUCUAUUUACAGCUCCCUGUAGCAUUAUUAGUUAUGGUCGAAAGAGGCAACGGCGUAGAUAAUACAGUUCUGCAUUGUCCUGUUAAAAUUAACGAAACUCUUUUCUUAUCAAAUAUGUUGCCAGGUCAGUAUAAUAAAGAUUCUUGUGUGUAUCGUCUUGCUGCCGUUCUUGUUCAUCAUGGUAAAUCAUCUACGUUUGGCCAUUAUAACUGUGCCAUAUUCAAUGAUCUAGGUGAAGGGCUUAAAUUUGAUGACAGUAAGCAAGUGCCCGUAUCACUUGAGAAAUAUAUUAAUUCGAGGGAAUGUAAAGAAAACUGUCGUAUGUUGGUAUACAUUAACUCUGUUGCUCUAAGAAAUGCAACGCCAACUACAAAUGCGCCUUGGGAAAAAGAAAUGAGCCCCAUCGAUAAUAAAAACGUAGAAAGAAUUCUUUUCGGAUUUGAGAAUAGCCCCAAUGAAGUUAAUCUCCCUGUCGAAUCAUAUAGAACCAUUGCCUGUAAUGAAAAUUUGCAUGGUGAUGUUAUCUCUACAUUUUUACAACAUCUAGCUUUUAAAUUUUUUGGCAAAUCUGACAUUGAAGUCUUGCCAUCACAGGUUUUGACAGCCAUUCUGGAAAAAAGAUCCACCGGACACAUUUUAUCAAAUUCUAUCGAGGAAUACCAACGAAUUCUUGGGGCAACUAUUGUCUUUUUUCCAUUUCACCAAACGAGAAAAGGCUCACCAGGGCACUGGAGCAUUAUUGCUUUGUACCCCGAAAAAAGGCUGGUGGUACAUUGUGAUUCAGCAGCAAGUGACGGUGGCGAGGAAAAUGCCUUCUUUGCAAUUAAUGUUUUCAUUUCCAAAUUACUUUCCGUUGCAAAAAAAGAAUCAGAAAUACCUAACUGGGUCUAUCUUUCAUUAACCGAAUACGGACUCCAGCAGCAAUUCGAUACACACAGCUGUGGGGUAUAUACAUGUGUAAAUGCUUAUUGUCUGGUUACUUUGACGGAUUUCGAGAUUUUCCAAACUGACCUUAUACCGAUAAGAUAUUGGAUAGGGAAAGCUUGCAUCGAUGGCGCAGAAUAUGUAGGUAGAAGAAGGUCCACGAAUGCCACUGUUUGGGGUGCAAUAGAAACAGACGAGCGAGAGAUUUCAAAGCAUAAUUAUCAUGCAGAUCGUAACUGCAAACCUUUUGCUACGCUAAAAUCAAUUAUAGACUCGCCCGAUCUCUCCGAAAACGUUGCUACUAUUGAAACAAUAUCAGAUGACGCAGAAAGUAAUGACAAUCCUAGGGAAGACACUAGUUUGACAACUGAUAGCAAUACAGAUAAUGACACAGACGAUGCCAACGAUAAUGACACAGACGAUACGCAGGAAGACAUGCAUUUCAGAUCAAAAAAAUUCCGCAAUGCUUUUCUAAGCUAUGCAGAAUCAGAAUUGGAACCAUUUUUGACACGCUUUAAUAACGAUACUGCACCCAAAAGAAAACAUGACAAAAGGAAUUUAUCAGAGCGGCUGACUGCCCUUAUCACCCUUGGUAAUAAGGAAUAUGAAGAAUUUGCUAAUUUCGAGUUACAUAAUUUCUUUUACAAAACAUUCGGAAAGUCAAUUUGGCGCAUCAUGUCUCGUUACACCGCUUUACUCAUCGAGAUGGUAAGGACAGAUAAUGACUCUGUAGCAAGCCUCCAAUAUCAGUUUAAAUAUAACAUAGAAAGAUUACUUGGUCAUACUCGCGCAAAUCUAACAGAUCUGUUCUUGUUUCCAGAACAACUUACUCAUUUCGUAAUGAAAGAAUAUCAUCUCUCCUUUAAAGAAGCGACUGCAAAACUUUACUCUACCGAACAGCCUAGAAAUACGGUGUUCUUUAAUGCAAUUAAACACUCAUAGAACCCAGUGACUUUGCUUUCCUAUUUCCUCGAAUCCUCGGCAGUAUUGUAAAUGAUCAUCUGUACAGUGACACAUUUGUGAAAAAAUUGUAAAAUAAAAUGAAAACAGAAAGUAGAUUAGAAACGUAAUAUAUUUAAUUAGUUAAGACGAUAUUGAAUUUAUUUCAACACUACGCAGUUUUAUACGGCUGUGAUUGAAGCCCCGUAUGAAGGAGCAGUAUAUCAUUAAAAUCUAUUUCAUGUUUAACAUUUUGUUAAUUGACCAACGUUCUUGAUACAUUAUUCAGCAAUUAGUUAUAGUUUAAAUAAAUUUUGUUUUCACAUUAAUACCGUUUGAAAGCAAAUGUUGACUGAUUGGUAAAUUCCCGCGUAGUAGAAUAAUAAUUGUAAGUUUUCCUAUACUUCACGCAUUUAACAAGUUGAUCUCUAUGGCCAUAGUCCUGUUUUAGUCUACAACUUUUGUAUAAGUAGUCUAAAUCGAUGUAUCUAAAUAAUUUAAAUGUUUAUUAGUAAUCGAAUAUGUUAAACAGGUCUUUUCGCUACAAGUUGCAA